AUGCCCGUGGCCACAACCCCUACCAAACAGAAGACGCCUUCUAAACAGCCCGUUAGGCAAGCGGAAGGAACUGCAAAGAAGGGUUCUCCGCGCAAGUCGCCACGUUGUGUGCACUGUGGGCGCCCUAGGCAAGGUCAUCAACGAUCCGGGUGUCCGAACGUGAAUCCGCCGAUACCUACCUCAGAGCCGAAGGGUAUUGAGGCCGAACUCGUCGACAACUUGGGACUUCUCCACAUUAGCCCGACCAUCGCUAACGCCAACGACAAGGAAAAGCGGCGCCGACGUUCUUCGGCGAACCACAAUCCUCAACUGAACAUCAGCGUAGCCUCGCUGUCUCCGACGUCAAGCGAGGUCGUUCGACAACUUGGCAAGCCUGGUGCUAUGGCCGCCCUUUCCGCAUCCGAGGAGGAGAGGCAUACUGCGUCUGCGGCAAUUAUUACUCGGAAGAACUCUGACGAGCAUCGUUCUACCCCACUUGUGCGUACAGCGACCGAAAUAGGGAGGGAAGAAUGUUUGAGAAAUCUGGAGGUGAAAUCGAAGGCCAAACCAGCGAACGUCUUUCCCCUCGCCGUGAAUGAAAUUACAGACAUGCAGAAGUACGCGGAAGGCAGUGGAUUCCGUACGCGGGUAAUUAUGCCCGGCAAAGGUGCAGUUGGGACGCAUAUUGCUUUUCUUGUCGUUGGACGAGACGGACAGGCUGUGGAUGAAUUGUUUGACAUGGUGCGGGUCGAGACAAAGAAGAAGAGCAGUGCUGGUUCUCUGCUCACCGUGGGGGGUGCCGGUGCUUUGGCGGGUGCCAUAGCUACAUUUGCCGGACUUGCGUACGCUCCUUGA